AUGGCGUCCUCGUCUCAUGGUUUCAAACUUUCUGCGUCUCAAAAAUCGCGUCUGGAUGUUGAAAUUCCGUUUCUGUGGCCACAUUGGGGCGCAAGCGUUUGUAAAUGGUUAUUUACUGCAGUGCUCGCAAUAUUGAUAUUAUGUGGCGCUGUUGCAAGCAGAAUGGCGUUGAUUGCAAUACCUAAAGCAAAGGUUUCUCAUUCUAAUGAUGCUGACAUGUUUCUUGCUCUGGUUAUUGUCGUUAUGGUACCGUAUUUGGUGGAAUUUGCGCGCUGUCUGUGGUUACACGGAAUAGUGCCUGGACAUGACUGGCCAACACCUAUUGCAAUAUGUGUUGUAAGUAUUUAAUAAACACACACUAUUUCCGUAUUUUGGUGAAAGACAAAUUUUAUCUACAAUAUGUAAAUAUCUUCCCCCAAUAUCCUAGGGAUCGAAGCAUGGGUCUGUAUAAAUAUUUGCAUUUAAUGCCAUGCAUACAUGUACAAUCAGAAAUUGAUAUAAAUACAUGUAUGUGGGUAUAAAACUACUAAACUAGCUUGUUAAUUAGACUGUGUUUUUGUGAAGUGGCUAACUAUAUGCAUGUGGGGGACGAUCAUUGCACCUUUUUGCCUAUACUGUAAAUAAUGUAUUAAUAUAUAAAGCCCCCUUUCUUUCCACGGAGUAAGUAAUUCUGCUGUCUGGUAAUUUAGUAAAGUGGAAUGUAUUAGGAGGACCAUGAGGUGGGCUCAUUGGAUGAGAGUGUAUCACAUGAAAGUCAUGAAAUUUGACAAAGUCAUGUCUCCUGAUAACAGUGAGUGGUGGACAUUACUGUUAUUUACCAGUGAAUAAAAAAGUUGUCUGGUUAUAAAGAAAAAAAAAUAUGGAAGUUUCCCCAUUUCAUUUUGUUGUUUUUUCCCUUUGACACUUGAUAGGCCAAUGAAAAUUGAUAUCAUGUUUCUCGUCCACAAUUUUCAAAAAUUUGGAGCGGGAUUUUUUCAUUUUUCAUUUUUCAUUAUUUUUGUAUUUGAAUUCUGCUUGUCAACAAUUUCCUUGACCCAGUAAAAACCCCCAUAAAAAUCUGAAGUAUUAAAAAUUGGUGUAUAAUUCAUUUUAAUUUAAUACGUCCUACACUGCAGUCUACAGACUACAGUAUAUUUCUACACAUACACAGCCAGAAAUCUCACAGGCCUGUCGCAAGCUGUUGAUUUUACCGGCUUGCGGCAAGUUGUCAACAAGUCGCGACAGGUCUGUUGGUUUCGUCAGGCGGUAACAGGCUUGCGGUAACAGGUCUGUCGCAAGCUGUUGACAACAGAGCCAUAGCGACUUGUUGAAACAACCCGCUACAAACCUGUUACUAACAAGAGAUAACAGGUCUGAUAGAACAAUUUGCAGCAAGUCUGUUGAAAUCAACAGGUCUGUUCCAACCUGUUCCAACAGACCUGUCGCGAGUUGUUUUUGUCAAGUCUGCAGCAAGCUUGUUAUCAGACCUGCGACAAACCUGUCCACAACAAACAAUUUUUGUCCUGUCACAACAAGUUUCAACAAGCCUGUUGUUGGGAAACAAACCGAAAAUGUGAGUAAAGAGAUAUAAAAUCGCACGAAAUGGACACUUCCGGCUUCACUUUCUCAUUUAAUCAAUGUCAUUGGUGGCAAUAUUAAUACACAUAGGAGAGAUUAUAGUCCAUAGUAUCUAUUUUCUGAUUAUUAUAAAAUGCAAAAGCCGCUGUUUUAUUUUUUUUUAAAAAGUUCCGAUUUCCAAAAUCCAAAUUCCAAUUUGCUGACGUGUGCUAUCGCUAUAUUUCUUUAAUCUGAUUGGAUAAACGCAUGUGCACACGUCAUCAUUCCUCGUUGCAAUUGGGCAAAAUAUUACAAACAUAUCAAUCACGUAAUCAUGUUUAGUUGUUUUUCAAGUUUGAGCCAAACAAAAUUUCAACAACUGCCUCAAACAAAAUCAAACAAGUUCAAAGCUGUUUUGAUUUUUGAAGAAACUGUGGCAAUGAGAAUACAAGAUCUACUAGAGCUUAAGAAAUGAACAAUACAUGAACAACCGAGUGUUAACUGCAACGUUCGUCAUUGUUGAUAUGAACAUGAAAUUCGUUAUAUAAUUUCUUUCCAAUUUCAAGUGAAAUCUGCGAGCGAGGAAGACGCCUUUAUAUUGAAGCUUUGUGUUAUGGUAUGUACUGUUUUGAAGAAAAAUAUGCAAGUAGGUUGUCAUAUUUCGGUCGUACUUAAAGACAAUUAAUUUUGAAAAUUGUUUACGAUAUUGUUCUUGAAUUUGUCGUAUUUUUUCGGCUGUUUUGCUCAAAAAUUAUCUCGCAAGUUUGUUUAUAAAACUUUAUAUUCAUAUAUAAAAAUUAUUUCGCAAAUUUGUUUAUAAAACUUUAUAUUUCAAACUUCUAUUUCACGAAACACUACAACCGAAAUAUGGCAACCUGUUUGGCCGUUUUUUGUUCAAAAUAGUGGAUACACAAGCUUCAUAAGGCGCUUUCCUCGGUUUGCAACAGGUCUGUCGCAAGUUGUUGAAAACAGCAUUGCUGCAGCUCUGUCACAACAGCUUGUAACAGACCUGUUGACAGGCCGUUGCAGGUCUGUCAGAACAGACAGGUACAAGGCGAGCGAACGCAUCCAGAUAUCGGCUUGUUGACAACAGGAUUUAACAGAUCUGUUGCAGAUCUGUUCCGACUUGCGCGUUUCUGGCUGUGUACCAGGGCUGACAUGAAAAAUAGAGGCAUUCUGGCGAGUAAUAUCUUUAGAAAAAUACAAUUUGAGUUGCGCUUGCGGAAUGCAGCAAUAAGACUUUGAUCUGGAGAUGAAUUUUGUGUUUUUUAAGCCUAUUUUUCAAAAAUAAUGAAUAAUGAAAAAUUUACGUGCGGCAGAUAAAUCCCAUGCGGGCAGGGACGAGAAACAUGAUAUCAAUUUUCAUUGGCCAUAUAUAAUAAAAUUGUUGAUUGGGAUUUGUUGGGCCGUCUCAUCGAAAAAUUGGCAGUCUCGGGUCCACAAAACAGGUAGUGUUUCCAAAUUAUAUGUAUAUUACCUCCAUGGGGGAGUAUGAUUGGAUAUUAUGAAGAGUAACUUACAAUAUGUUCAGAAUUGAGUUUUAUAAAAUUUACAUAUAAAAGUAGGCUACUAAGCAUAACAACUAUAUGGUAAUGGUAAUGAAAAAGUCCUUUAAUUGUAAGACAGAGACCUUGUGUGAAAUAGCCUUAAGCCGUGUUUACACUACGAGCCUAAGCCUGGCCUAGGCCUAGCUAAAUGGACUAGAUUUUUGUAGUGUAAAUGCACUUCAGCCUGGCCUAGGCCAGGAAAUCUGGACCCAUCAGAACAGGUGGCCUACAUUUCCUAGCCUAGAACAGGCCAAAGUGCAUUUACACUACAAAAAUCUAGUCCAAAGCUAGGCCUAGGCCAGGCUUAGGCUCGUAGUGUAAACACGGCUUUAGUUGACAAUCACUUGCCUUGAGACAGAAAACUGUCCUGGGCCUCAGAUUAGAACAUGGCAAAUAGUUUGAAUUAACCAUAAUUUUAAUAUGGAAAGGCAAUUAACAAAAAUUAAAUAGCAGAGGGUCCAUAAAGUCAGAGGCGUAGCCAGGGCUGGGGCCGCCCCCCCCCUGGCAAAAGUUUGCCCCCCCUGAUAAAAUGUAUUGUAUAAAAAAGGGAAUCCUUGAUUAUAUAGCUUCAUGCUGUCAAUAAUGCAAAAAUUCUGUACAAUAUAUAUGCUUGCUGCGCAUCGGUGUGAAAUUUAAAAUCUUGUUUGCUUAUUUGCGGCACACAGCUUGAAACACGUAUCUUUUCUAACCCUAAUUAUUUCAAUAUAUAUUAAAUGAGGGUUAGAUGAAGUUUAAACCAUUCUGGUUUUUUUACCAGUGAAUUUUUAACGCGGGCUUGGCAGACUCAAUGUUGUCGGAAUCUUUGUGGUGAAGCAUCGUAAAAAGUGAUACGGAAAUGGGGAAAAGUGCUACGAAAGCAAUUGUAAUGUUAUUGAAAUUUUUUACCAAAAAAGUUGUAGACGGGAGGAUUUAAAAUGUUGUGGUGAGGAAAGUUGUUAACCCCACCUAGGUUUUUGCUGGCCCCCCUGACCAAAAAUCCUGGCUACGCCUCUGCAUAAAGUAUUAGUGUUAUACUGCAGGGUCAUUCCAUGUCAAUUAUUCAUCAGAGGGUUAAUAGACAAUUCCCAUUAUAGACUAAUUUUAAAAUUGGGUAAGGAAACUCAAAUAAAUCACCACAGCUAGAAAGAGCAUACUAAAAUUAGUAAAAUUACAAAGUUUGGUUGCGAAAUGUUGUAAAAUGAGGAAAAUAUAGCCUUGCAAAGUUCGCAAAUUGUGUAUACUUUUGUAUUGCUUGCGGAAAUUCCUACCACAUUCCUACCACAUUUAGGCCGAAAAUGUCACACGCAAUACAAAAGUAUACAAAAUUUGCAAACUUUGCAAGGCUAUAUUUUCCACAUUUUACAACAUUUCGCAACCAAAGUUUGUAAUUUUACUAAUUUUAGUAUGCUCUUUCUAGCUGUGGUAAUUUAUUUGCAUCUCCUUGCCUAGUUUUAAAAUUAGUCUAUAAUGGGAAUUGUCUAUUGUAACACACCUCUUGUGAUCUGGUUCAUUUUUCACCAUUUAUAGUGGACAUUAAUCAAUAUUAGAGCUGUGCGUUUCCAAAAAUUUUAUCUCGGUUCAGGUUUGUUUGGAACAGAAAAGCCUCGGUUCGGUUCCGUUUCGGUUAUUUUCAAAAAAAGAAGAACUUAUUUACAGUACAAAUGUAUGAACUCAUUUAUGUAUGUUUCGAGCAUUUUUACUAAAUAGAUGAAUUUAUGCCUUAAAUUUGUAAGUUUGUAUAAAUCUCUGAAUAUUUUAAAUGAACAUUGCAAUUGGAAUUUAUUUAUUUAUGAACAUAAAAUAUUUCUUUUUAAAAAAAUUUAAAGCAAGAGCACAAUAUCAACUAAAAAGCACAUUAAGAGCACAAUCUUGUUAUUUUCCAAACAUUUCAACCUGCAAUCAGUUGGGCGUGGGUGUUAAACAGGAAAUUAAAGCUGAAACUAACGGUUCUUUUGCGUAAUAAUUUUUCGGUGCUAAAAAAAGUACCAGAAGAACCGAAUUUUUCGGUUAAAUGCACAGCUCUAAUCAAUAUAGUAAUAACUGUACGUAAACAAAUGUCAAAUUGUUAUUGAUUUACUAUUGAUUAUAAUUGCUGUAAAUACAGCUUAAUAUCAAAAAUUGAUUUUAGGGUACCGGUAUUCUUCUUCUGGAAGAGUGAUAAACUUCAAAAACUUAUAAAAUUUUAUAUACUGCGCCUAAUUAUAAUCCUCCUAAAUUUGGUACUCUACAUGUUGUUGUGCCCAGAAAUAUGAAAGUAACAUCAGAAAGGUCAUGUUGCAACAGGGUUAACCCAGUGUUUGCAAAGAAGAAUUGUUUGGGGUCCAGCUAUAGGGACAUAAAUGUAUGCUGUCUGGGAAUAAUUUGUAUAAACACCAUGCUGUCCUACAGUUUUUCCUAAUCUAAAGGCUUUAUAGUACAUCAGAAAGUUGCUUAUCAUUUGAAAAGGGCACUUUGAAACCAGACAAGAGGGCAUUUCUAUUCCCAGAAGUGGGAUCGAUCCACAUUUUCCAUUUUGAAAAAAGUGGAGGUCGUCACCUGCCCUAAGUGCCUCACGUCCAGUUCCACAGCUCUCGAUAGCAGUACCUCAUACAGUACAAGAUAUAGAGUUUUGCAUCUGUCUCCCUAUUUCAACACUCAUUUCUUGACUUACAGUACCAGUCCUAACCUGAGGAACUAAAAUUCCUUUAACCUUAUUUUACUUUGUAACAUCAGAGAAUUUUACUCAUCAAGGGGAUAGUGCAUGCUGCCACUCAUUGGAUUAGUUAGAGGACCUAAAAGCUGUUUGACCUGCGUCAACAUGCAGACAGCCAGAAUUAUAAUUAUAGCGGAUCAGUGACACAUUUUUGAAGGACUAUUCCAGUGUUCCUAUGACUAGCUGCAUAGCCUUUAUAGGACUGGUUUGUUUCAGGCUUGAAAUUGGGAAUUAUAUAUUAUAAACAGAACGCUAUGUUUCCAGCAUUCUCCUUCCAAGAGGCUGGGAUAGUCCUUAUAUAAAAUUAUGUAUAUGUAGCGGGAAGGGCAUGUAGUAGACUUACUACAAGUCAACUCCUAUAAUGCUAUAUAUAAUUUAGCUGCGAGGUUCGUUUUAUUCGCUCACACGUCUCUCGACUUGUAGCAAGUCCAGGAGCGGGAGUUGGUUGCGAGCAAGGGAGUUGGAGGCAGACAUUCAUGCAAAUACUUGUUCUUCAGUCCAUACAGGCUCGUUUUUUUCACAUAUCACUUUUUCCAAAAUAUCCAGGCAAGUUGACAACUCGAUGGAAAUGUGGCAAAUGUUUAAAAAAAUAAUACUGUUCCAGAAUGUCUCCCAGAGAUACGAAAUUAUACUAUUUAGUCUUAAUUUUGACAUUGCAAAGAGCAACAAGAAAUCUGUUAACUCGAGUGGGAUUUGAACUUGCAUCUUGGGAUUUCUAGACCACUUCUGUACCCUAGCUUUAAAGCCUGCAGUUUCCAUAUGGUUGUAACUGUCACCAAUGUGUCGUGAACGUGUCGUGAAGUGUUUGUCGUCAAGGGAUCGUACAAGCAGCUGGCGGCAAUUUUAAAAAGAGGACCUUUGUUCCCCUCCCCCCUGAUUAUCGCAAACUGUUGCCACGGUGUCAUGUUUCCAUUAAAAAAUAACCGUCACGACACGUCGCAACUGUCGUCGAGAUACUGACAGUGUAUAACUCGAGUCUAUCUCAACGACACUGUUGUAACUUGUUGUGAACUGUUAGCGUGUCGCGACAAGACUUUUCGUCAUGUUUCCAUUUGGUUGCGAACAUAAUUACUCUGACGACAGUUGCAACAUGUUUGCGACAGUUACGACCAAUUGGAAACCAGGCUUAAGCAGCCGAGCCAACAAGGCAACAUGAUUUUAACUUUUAAAUAGAUAUUACAACAUAUUUUUAAUUGAUUUUACAGGGCAUACUGGUUUCGUUGUUAGAAGUAUUUGGCAUAUGUUAUUUCGCCAUCGCCGUCAUGACUUUGCCAGACCUAUCCUCUACUGAGUUAAUUCUUUACACCAACGCAGUGUUCAUAACUCCUGCAAUAAAGAAUCUUUUCAAAGAAAAUGAUCGCAUGUCUCCACUGAAUUUUCUGGCUAUUGUUACAGUAUGUUUAGAUCUGGCCGCGCUAGCUUGGGGAAUAUACAAG